UGUCAAAUAGAUGACGUCUUGGCAUGUCUUGGCAUUUUGUAUAUCUUGUUUUGUUUAUGUAUUUUUUAUUUAAAUGUUAUUUUACUAGAAAUGCCUGAGAGUUUUCAAGUGUGUUGUGUUUGUCUUAAUAAGUGCCAAUCCGUUCAGAAUAUCAAUGAAAACCUCCACGGAGAUGCGAAAUAUAUUGAGAAGUUACAAGUGUGCGUGCCAAAUGAGAUUUGGCACGACGAUUUUAAUAUCUGUAAUGGUUGCGUGGAUAAGCUAAAUACAGCGUACACUUUUAUUCAGCUAUGUGUAAAGAGUGAGAAGUAUCGUAAGGGACAGCUACAAGUAAUUAAACAAUCUAAAGAACCAACUCCCACAAGGUUUAUUUGUCAAGAAUGCAAUAAGUCGUUUAGAUUAAAAAGAACUUUAAGUUCGCAUAUAACAAGAAUUCAUAGAAAGCAUCGAUAUAAUCUUAAAAAGGAAUCAGAAAUAUGUGAUCCUGUAGUAAUUGAUCCUGUAAAGAGAGAGUCUUUUUUAAAUGAAAUUGACAAAGAUGGUAAAAAAGACAUUGUUAACGAGCAUCAGUAUAGUGACAAUAUAAAAUUUGAUGUAGAAAAUGAUAUUAAAGAGGACUUUAAUGACUGUAACAAUUCAGAUUUAGAAAAUAGGAAUAGUAGUUACUCAAGUGAUGAAGAACUAAAAAAGAAAAAGAAGAUAUAUAAAGGGAAAAAAAGGGGACCAAAAUAUAAAGGGCCCAAAAAAUGUGACUUUUGUGAACUUUUAUUUGCUCGAUCAGACAGAUAUGUCCAACAUUUACGUUCCAAGCAUACAUUCGAAAAGCCUUUUCAAUGUGAUUUGUGCGAUUCAAAAUAUUUUAGCAGUUAUAAUCUCAAUGUUCAUAAAAGAAAGCACACUAACGAAAAACCGUUUGUAUGUGCUGCUUGUGGAAAAAAGUUUAGAUCGUCUACUGAUUUGUGGCAACAUAAUAAGAUUCACGAUAGAGUUAGACAAUAUCCAUGUACAGAAUGCGAUAGAAGUUUUAAAACACAUAGUAAUUUAAGAACACAUAAAUUACAGAUGCAUCAAGAUCCACUUUUGUGGAAACACGUAUGCCCAGUAUGCGGAAAGAAAUUUCCGCUUAAUAAUAAUCUGGUGAAGCACAUGCGCAGACACGAGGGCAUUAAACCUUUCGCAUGUCAUUUGUGCGAGAAAAGAUUCGUCGAGAAAAUCGACAUGCAAACCCAUUUGUUAAGUCAUUCCGAUGAACGAUUAUUCCAGUGUCACCUUUGUACGAAAGAAUACAAAAAGAAGGAAACGUUACGUAGACAUUUGAAAGCGGAGCAUGAUACAGGAAACUAUAGAAUUAAGCAGCCGGAGAAGAAGAUCUGUUGUCCGAUGUGUCCUAAAGUGUUUGCCUUUAAUAAUAAAUUGCAAAGACAUAUCCUAACACAUACCGGUGAAAAGCCGGUUAAAUGUGAGUUUUGUGAGAAGAGAUUCAGGGAUAAUUAUGAUAGGAACGUGCAUUUGAGGAAAGGCCAUAAUAUGGAACCACAGUUUUAAAUGUAAAUAACUGAGAGUUAUAUGAACUAUUAUUUAGUAUAUAAUUUAGAAUAAAUACGCUCUGAAAAACUGUUA